AAAUACAUUAAAAAAAAAACCUCUCUCCCUGGCCAAGAAUACUCUCUCAGCAAUCUCUCUCUGUGCUUUGAUCCAACUGUUAAAACAGAAGGUGGGUGAUGGGACAAGCCUUUCGCAAGCUCUUUGACACCUUCUUCGGUAACACUGAGAUGCGGGUUGUAAUGCUUGGACUGGAUGCAGCUGGAAAAACAACUAUACUGUACAAACUGCACAUCGGAGAAGUACAGUCGACUGUUCCCACAAUAGGUUUUAAUGUGGAGAAAGUCCAGUAUAAAAAUGUGAUUUUCACUGUGUGGGAUGUCGGCGGACAAGAGAAACUAAGGCCAUUGUGGAGGCAUUACUUUAGUAACACAGAUGCACUGAUCUAUGUUGUUGACUCUCUGGACCGUGAAAGGAUUGGUAAAGCUAAGGCAGAGUUUCAGGCAAUCAUCAAAGAUCCGUUUAUGCUUAAUAGUAUUAUCUUGGUGUUUGCAAACAAACAGGACAUGAAAGGAGCAAUGUCACCUAUGGAAGUUUGCGAAGGCAUGGGUCUCCUCGAUCUUAAAAACAGGAAAUGGCAUAUGCAAGCGACUUGUGCUUUAAAAGGAGAAGGCCUUUAUGAAGGGUUGGAUUGGUUGGCAAGCACUCUCAAGGCAUUGAAGCCUUGAUGGCUACAUUUUAUUUCUCGUCUGGCACCUCAUCCAUCUGAUUGUCUGGGUUUUUCCAAACAUAACUUUCUGACAAAUGUCAAGGUGCAGCCUUUGACAAAUUUUGUGCUGGAGCUAUAAUGGAUUUUAGAUAUGAUCUGAAACUAACAAAAAAUAUAGCAUGGUUGGUAUACGAUACGCCAUUAGCUU